AUGAAGGCGUUUUUUAUCGGCAAACGCGAGUACCGGCGUGUGCUGCACCUACAAGAAACGAUAUUUAACGCCAAGAUUGCUCGACAAGUGAGUGUGCGCCGCGGCGAGUCGAAGCUGCCGCUCUUGUCGGACGUCGUGAUCCUAGUGGAACACAGCGCCCCUGUGUACACCGUAGGUCGACGUGACACGGCUCACGGACUUCCGCCGUACUGCAGCAUCGACGUCGUCAAGACGCGGCGAGGCGGCGGUAUCACCUACCACGGCCCUGGGCAGCUCACUAUGUACCCAAUCGCCAACAUCCAACUUCUGUGGAAAGAUUGCACAGCAGAGAAGCCACGCUCGCCGAUUGAGUGGUUCAGCUGGGCGCUGGAAGAGGCAAUGAUUCAGACAGCCGCGAUGUACCACAUACCAACACAUCGAUUCAAGACUGGGGUAUGGGCUGACCAGUACAAAGACACCCCAGCGCAGAAGCUCGGCGCCAUCGGGCUACAGCUGGGGAGUUGGGUUUCCAUGCAUGGAGCUGGCCUCAACGUCGCAAGCGACCUGCACUUCUUCGACGACAUAAUUAUGUGUGAGCUGCCGGGCCGGCGCGCCACAUCACUCAGCAACGAAAUGCAGCACCGCGGCGUCGCCGAGUCACCGCCGCUGGUACAGGCAACGGCGCCAGUUCUGCUACAAAAGUUCAUCGACAGCCUUCACCAGCCGCCGAGCUGUGCUGCGCCGCCGCUCGUGGACUUGUCCGCAGACGCGGAUUGGCACGAGCGCGUCAUAGACGCUGCCGGCAUUUCAGCGCCCUGA